GCUUCUUUAAUCUCUUUCGGUACUUCUGCCUCGCGUGCCAGAGGGAACACAUAAAAACACCUAAGAGGUUCCGACCUCGGAGUCACAGAUGUGAGCCACGAAGUUUAACGGCACGUUGCGUGGCGCUGCGUUUUUCACAAGGAGAGAAAGUCAAAAGGAGGCUACUGCGGGAGUGCGGACUGCCAUGGAAAGAGUUAGCAAAGAUGCCAAGACCAACCCGGCGGCGACGGCGAGUCUUUUGUCAAAUGUGUUUUUCUGGUGGCUCAAUCCUUUGUUCCGCGUUGGAUACAAACGCAGGCUGGAGGAAGAUGACAUGUACGAAGUGCUGGCGGAGGACAGGUCUGAGAGACUUGGUCAGGACCUGCAGAGAUACUGGGAUCAAGAAGUCCAGAAGGCUACCAAAGAAAUGCGGACACCUAGACUCACCAGAGUCAUCAUCAGAUGCUACUUGAAACCAUAUGCAGUACUGGGAUUCUUUACACUCAUAGAGGAGGUUAUUAAAGUGGUCCAGCCAGUCAUCUUGGGGAAGAUGAUUCAGUACUUUGAGAGUUACGACCCAAAUAAUAAGACGGCUUUAUAUGAGACCCUCGGCUAUGCAGCUACUUUGUCUAUCUGCACCAUCAGCCUGGCAGUGCUCCAUCACCUCUACUUCUACCACGUCCAGAGAACAGGAAUGAAGAUUAGAGUUGCCAUGUGUCACAUGAUCUAUAAGAAGGCUCUGUGUCUCAGCAGUUCGGCCAUGGGAAAGACCACCACAGGCCAGAUCGUCAACCUCCUUUCCAAUGAUGUCAACAAGUUUGAUGAUGUGACUAUCUUCUUGCACUUCCUGUGGGUUGGGCCCCUCCAGGCGGCUGUGGUUGUGGGGCUUCUGUGGGUGGAGAUUGGUCCUUCGUGCUUGGCAGGCAUGGUGGUCCUUAUGUUCCUGAUGCCUGUGCAGACGAUGUUUGGAAGGCUCUUUUCUAAGUUCAGGAGUAAGACAGCAGUUCUGACUGACAGCAGAAUCCGCAUAAUGAAUGAAGUGGUGUCGGGAAUAAGGAUCAUCAAGAUGUACGCCUGGGAGAAACCAUUUGCUGCUCUGGUAUCUGAGGUCAGAAGGAAGGAGAUUGCCAAGAUCAUGAAGAGCUCCUACCUACGAGGUCUCAACAUGGCUUCUUUCUUUUGCGCCAGCAAGGUCAUCGUCUUUAUCACCUUCGCUUUCUAUGUCCUUCUGGGAAAUACCAUCUCAGCCCGGCGUGUGUUUGUGACAGUGUCACUCUACAAUGCUGUGCGACUCACCGUCACGCUCUUCUUCCCUAAUGCCAUCGAGAAGCUGUUUGAGAGCCGUGUCAGCAUCCACAGGAUUCAGGAGUUCUUGAUGCUGGAUGAAAUCAAAAAAACCAGCGCUGCACUGCCACAGGAGGAGGAGACGGAUGCCUUUGUGGAGAUCCAGGACCUAUUCUGCUACUGGGACAAGAGCCUGGAUGCUCCAUCUCUGCAGAACGUCUCCUUCACUUUGAACUCAAAUCAGUUGUUGGCUGUGAUUGGACCAGUGGGAGCUGGAAAGUCCUCCUUGCUGAGCUCCAUCUUGGGAGAGCUGCCUAAUGAAAAGGGGGUGCUGAAGGUCAAAGGUCAGCUGACCUACGCUGCCCAGCAGCCCUGGGUGUUUCCUGGAACCAUCCGUAGUAACAUCCUGUUUGGGAAAGAGCUGAACCCCCAGAAGUAUGACAGAGUCAUCAGAGCCUGCGCUCUGAUGAGGGACUUGGAGCUGCUCCCAGACGGAGACCUGACACUGAUCGGAGACAGAGGAGCCACACUCAGUGGGGGACAGAAAGCCCGUGUCAACCUGGCGAGGGCUGUGUAUGAUGAUGCAGAUAUCUACCUCCUGGAUGACCCUUUAAGUGCUGUGGAUGCUGAAGUCGGCAGACACCUCUUUGAACAGUGUAUCUGUGGCCUGCUGAAGAAUAAGCCCCGUAUCCUGGUCACCCACCAGCUGCAGUACCUGAAAGCAGCCGAUGAGAUUCUGGUCCUCAAGGAGGGUCACAUGGUGGCAAAGGGGACAUACAUAGAGCUGCAGAAGUCUGGAGUGGACUUCACCUCCCUGCUGCAGAAGGAGGAGGAGGAGGAGCAACAGCAGCCUCCUCAGGACAACCCCAUCGGGCACAGAACUCUGUCCCGGAACUCGGUGCUCUCUCGGACCUCCUCCGUGCACUCGGUCAAAGAUGGAGACCAGUUACCGGCUGAGCCGGUGCAGAUACUGGCAGAGGAGAGUCGAGCUCAGGGGACCAUUGGAGUGGGUCUGUACGUCAAAUAUCUAAGAGCCGGAGCCAGCAUCCUGACUCUGCUCGCCAUCAUACUGGUCAAUUUUCUGGCUCAGUCAUCAUACAUCAUGCAGGACUGGUGGCUAGCUUACUGGGCUGAUGAACAAGACAAGCUAAAGGCCAACAGCACCAUCAUCCAAAAUGGACAAAACAUCACCAAAGAGCUGAAUACAGAUUUCUACCUGGGCAUUUAUGGAGGCUUGACUGCUUCCACCAUCGUUUUCGGCUUUAUCAGGAAUCUGGCCCUGUUCAAGGUGCUGGUGACGUGCGCACAGUCUCUGCACAACCGCAUGUUCAACGCCAUACUCAGAACGCCCGUGCGCUUCUUCGACAUCAAUCCCAUUGGAAGGGUUUUAAACAGGUUUUCAAAGGACAUUGGCCUGCUGGAUUCUAACAUGCCGUGGACUUUUGUGGACUUCAUUCAGGUAUUCCUGCAGAUUCUCGGGGUGAUCACUGUGGCAGCGUCAGUGAUACCCUGGAUCCUCAUCCCUGUGCUGCCCCUCCUCCUCUUCUUCAUCUUCCUGCGACGCUACUUCCUACAUACCGCCAGAGACAUCAAACGCCUCGAGUCCACCACUCGGAGUCCAGUCUUCUCCCACCUGUCUUCGUCUCUUCAGGGCCUGUGGACGAUCCGAGCCUUUGGAGCUGAGGAGAGGUUCCAGAAAACCUUUGAUGCCCAUCAGGACCUUCACUCAGAGGCCUGGUUCCUGUUCCUGACCACCUCUCGCUGGUUCGCCGUCCGUCUUGAUGGCAUCUGCUCCAUUUUCGUUACCAUCGCCACGUUUGGCUGCCUGCUGCUCAGAGACCAGCUGGAUGCUGGCUCUGUGGGUUUGCUUCUGACCUACUCUGUCACACUGAUGGUCAUGUUCCAGUGGGGUGUCAGGCAGAGCGCAGAGGUGGAGAACAUGAUGACGUCAGUGGAGAGAGUAGUGGAGUACACUGAGCUGGAGAGUGAAGCACCCUGGGAAACCCAGAAGCGUCCUCCUCCCGAUUGGCCGAACAAAGGCCUGGUGACCUUCGACCAGGUCAGCUUCUCCUAUAUCGAUGAUGGACCGCUGGUGCUGCACAACCUGAAAGCAAUGUUCAGACCCAAGGAGAAGGUUGGUAUUGUGGGGAGAACGGGUGCUGGGAAAAGCUCCCUUGUCUCAGCUCUGUUCCGCCUGGCAGAGCCUCAGGGAAAGAUCUACAUCGAUGGCGUUCUGACCUCUGAGAUCGGCCUCCACGACCUCCGCCAGAAGAUGUCCAUCAUUCCUCAGGACCCAGUGUUGUUUACUGGCUCCAUGAGGAAGAACCUGGACCCUUUUAACCAACACACAGAUGAGGAACUGUGGAAUUCUCUGCAAGAGGUGCAGCUGAAGUCCGUGGUGGAGGAGCUGCCUGGUAAGCUGGAGACAGUUCUGGCGGAGUCGGGCUCCAACUUCAGCGUGGGUCAGAGACAGCUGGUGUGUCUGGCCAGAGCCAUCCUGAGGAAGAACCGCAUCCUCAUCAUCGACGAGGCCACGGCCAACGUGGACCCCAGGACAGAUGAACUGAUCCAGAGAACCAUACGAGACAAGUUCCGAGAAUGCACCGUGCUCACCAUCGCUCAUCGUCUCAACACCAUCAUAGACAGUGACCGCAUACUGGUUCUAGAUGCAGGGAAAAUCGAUGCCUAUGAUGAGCCUUACACCCUCCUUCAAAAUCCAGAUGGCAUCUUUUAUAAAAUGGUGCAGCAGACUGGCAAACUGGAGGCAGCAGCUCUACUAGAGGCAGCUAAACAGGCUUACAGGAAAAGCAGCUUUCCCAACAUAUCAAACGGACACGCGGCAACAGCAGACGGUAACUUGGUUAUCUUUGAGACUGCUUUGUGAGCCCUGGGGGGUUCUGACCCGCUGCUUUGCCAGAAGAAUUCAGAAAGUUCCUGGGCUUGAGCGGUGCCCCUCCUGCCUCUGGCGAAGCACAAAGGAGGACAGAGGAUCUGCAGAGUGGCUGAGCCAAAUAUACGCACAUUAUGCUGUUCAAGUCGAGAGGACCUGGAAAUCACUGCUGACAUGGACACUAUUUAUUUUCUUUGCUUCCUAUUUAUCAUAUGUAAACAAACUGCUGCAUAAUCCUUUAAGUGCCUUUAUUUUAGGUUUGUACAUGUGAUCAUUUGUAACUCGACCCACAGUUGCCUUUAUCAAUAAACUGUUGCUCAGGAUUAACAAUCACCAAAUCUAACAAAUUACGCAGCAGCAGAAGCUUCUGAGAUCUCAGUAAAAAUCUAUUUUGUAU